AUGAUGAGGCGAACGAGACAUCGAAGCAGCUCAGCUGCCUGCAGCGAAGGUCUUCCGAUUUACAUCCACUGCCAUUCUAAUGAUCUAAAAAUGUACUUUUCUGGUGAAGAAGAUUGGAUCUCCGAUCCGGAGCAUGAAGAAGGUUUGACGUCAUUUGCUGGAGUCAGUUGUUUCCAGACAGUCUUCAGCCUUGUGUGGUACAUCGGGUAUAUUGCUCAAGGUAUAGACCAGGUGACCUUGAACCAGACGUGCCCAGAUAGUGCUGGAAUCAAAGGCUGUUCCGGAGGGAUCACCAAUGUGGUGCAGAACCUUGCAUGGCUACUGGUGGCGGCUGCACAGGUCCCGCAGUACUGCGUUGAAGGCUUCAUCUCUCCAAACUCAGUGAAUUGCUUCACCAGCAUGACUACUUUCACAGGGUCAGGAGUGGAGAUUGCGUCAGAUGCGCUCAACAGCGAAAAUGAUUGCGCGUACCUCCAUCAGAGCCCCAGCUCAUCCAGCUUGCUUGCGGCCAAAAGCCUGACAAAUGCCACAGGUCACGGUUCCUCACAUGCGCAAGAACGAUCUACCUUGCCAGCGCCAGCACGGGCACGGGCGUUGAAGUGGUGGCUCAACAGUCAAGGCUCUGCAAAUCCUCCACCGGGAUACGGAAGCAACAGCAACAGCGGGGUGCCCGGCAACCGGGCCAACACACAGGCAGAGUGUGCCUUCCAAAGCAUGGAAACCAUGGAUGAUAUCUUGACCGUUGCUUUGAACACAUGGGCUCUUGUCAAAACUUGUGUGGGUCCUCUCAACAAUGCAACGGACCAAGAAUUGUGCGCAUCAGAUUUGUUGGCGCUAGUGGGAGCACUUCCUAAUGUCGCGCAAGAUAUCUUCAAUCUCUUGGACGAGUGCAACUUGUUCUACAAGAUUAGGGCGCCAUGCGCGGCUGAUGCAGCUGACAUUGCUCAGUGCGCUUUGGGCGUUUGCAAUCUUUCAACCUCGAAGAGGUGCAGCGCCUCGAGGCAGACAUGCAGACUCGGUGCAAAGAAAGAAAACACCGGCCGCAGAGACCUCGAAGGCCCGCACAGACCUCCCCAUCGGGGACGACUUCGAAGCUUCGUGAAUCGCUGGAAUCCAUGGUAG